CUUUAACAAUUAGUUAAUUUCCAUUUAAUUGAACAAUUUAAUUCUCCUUCAUUAUGUUUCCAUAAUAACCAUAAAAAUCUCAACUGUUUGCAAUUCUUAUUCUAUUUUAAAUCCUCACAUCUAAUGAUUGUUUUUUCCUUUGUUCCAUUGGACUUCAUUGGCUGUUGUUUUUUAGCUCCAAUUUUUUUUACACUUUAAUCAUCAUUGUUAAUUAAUCUUGUGAUUAAGCUCAUCCUGAACAUCGCAAUAAUGUUAAUCGCAUGGUCGGUGAACAUGUUUAGCUAAUUAUAAUGAUUCUCACUUGGCUUGGUUACAUUUGUUGGUGUCAUUUGGAUGUGAAUGUUAAAAGCUACUGAGUGUCUACCAUUUUUAUUGGUACCAAUUCAAUGUCCUGGCAAAGUGUUACAAUUGGAAGUUCAUUUUUAUUAUCAAUCUUUUUAUUGGCUUUAAUUGGUUAAUUUCUUCUAGGAGAGAAUUUAGUUGAUUGAUUUGAAUUGAAUUGUGUUAAUUGUUAUCAAAUGGGAUACAAAUCAUGGUUUCCAACGAAGCGACCAGUGUUUCUUGUAUUCGUUUUACUUUUGGUUUAUAUGAUUUUUGAAGUUCUCUUUUUUGGAGAAAUUAAUCUAAUCCCUGGUGAUAGUUCAUCUAAUCCAUACGAUGAGAAAGAUGAAUGGUAUGAAUCAACAAAUUCUUCUUCCUGUGAUCUUCCCUUUAAUAUGGAUCCUUAUGAUCCAAUAAUUAAAGUUUUCAUUCGACAAGAAAAUCAUUUUAUUAAAUGCUUUAAAUCAAAUGAUGGAGCAUAUGAUUCGUUGUAUAAUCUUUAUCAUGGAAAAUCGUUAUCAUAUAUGAAUGAUGUAGAUGGAAUUGUUCGUAUUUUUCGUAUUCGAGAGCACGAUAAAUCGUUAAAGUGCCUUUACCAGCAGUUUGAUCGAGAUGGUGAUUCAGAUAAUAAGAUAAAAUAUUUUGAUUGGAAACCGAUAAUUGGACAUAAAUUAAAUUUAGAAAAACUUGGAAUCGAAUUUGUUAUAAUCAAAUGUUUUCUCUCUUCUAAAUUAGUUUAUACUAAUAUUCAUUCAUGGCCAAGUCGAGUUGCAAGUUACUUGAAUAAGAAGAAUACUUCCUCUUCUGCAUUAAUUAAUGAAAGUCAUUUGAUCAAUAAUCGAUCGACAAAACCUUCAGUGAUGUUUCUAAUAAUCGAAUCGAUGUCUUACCUUAAUUACAAACGAUUCAUGUCAAAAACGGAAUUCGCUUUAUCCAAAUUAUCAAAUUUCUUUAUUCUCAGAGGAUUGAAUAAACUCGCAGAUAAUUCAUAUCCAAACAUGAUGCCAAUUCUAUCAGGUUAUCGCCCUUAUUACGGAGAAUGGCCUUUUAACAAUUCGGGUGUGGAUUCUGGUCCAUAUGAUGGAAUACCAUUUAUCUGGAACGAUUUCAAGAACUCCAAUUACACUACUGGUUAUGUUGAAGAUUUCCCGGCAUUUGGAUUAUUCAAUUAUCUGGCUGAAGGAUUUCAUAAGUCACCCGUUGAUUGGUACCCAAGACCCUAUUGGUUAGAAAUGGAUAAAGAUCAAGGAAUCGAAUCACUGAGUUUUUGCUAUAAGAAUAAGCCAAAAAUCGUUUAUUGGUUGAAACAAGUUAAACAAUUUCUCAACAAAGCCACGAAAUCGAAUCAAUCUUUUUUCCUUUGGUCAUUUUAUAUCCAAGUUACUCACAAAGAUUUUAACAAAGCUCAAUCCGUCGAUGAAUAUAUUGCCGAUUUUAUUGAUUCAUAUCGCUCUAUUCUUGAUGAUACAGUUUUUAUUCUGAUGGGAGAUCAUGGUAAUCGUUAUGGUCCUUCAUUAGAAACUGGUUAUGGCCAAAUAGAAACUCGAAUGCCUCUUUUUGGUAUUCAUAUUCCACCUAAAUUAUUAUCAGAACAUAAACAUUUGUCCGAAUAUUUAAAGAAAAACGAGAAAAAGUUGACCACUUGGUUGGAUGUUCGAGAAAUACUAAAAGACAUAGUAGCUGGUCAAUAUACUCCAAUUGUAUCUUCUUCUAAAAGAAAAGCUUAUUCCAUUUGGCGAGAAGAGGUUCCAUCGAAUAGAACUUGUCAAGAUGCUCUAAUACCAAUGGAGUUUUGUUUAUGCUCGAAAAAACAUAGUGUACCAGUCAAUUCAGCGUUCGCUCGACAUUUAUCAUCCAUUGUGAUAGAUCAUCUCAAUCAACUUCUAUCCAAUUAUAUCGACAGCAAUAAUUGUCACCCAUUGUCCCUUAAAGAGAUUCACAGUCUCAAGAAUGUUUACGUAAAUGAAACAGCUAAUUAUCAUCCUAAUCGUGGCCGCGUCGAUAUAAUUUUAUCUGUGCAUCCAUCUAAUGGCAUUUUCCAAGCCCAAUUAUACCAAACUGGUAGCUCAAUAAACGAAGUCAAUAAAAUUGGCAAUUAUGAUUGGUUUUUGCAAGGAGAUAUUUCAAGGCUCAAUUCUUACGGUAAUCAAUCAAUUUGUAUUGAAGAUCGAGUCCUAAGGAAAUACUGCUAUUGUCCCAAUGGAUUCUCACAUUCCCGCCAUGGGCACCAAGAGAGCUCGAAAGCUAUCAAGAACAAUCGUUAAUCGUAUUAUAAUUUUUAUUAGAAAUGUUUUCAAUCUUCACUCAACUUUCUGGUCAAACCAAAAUCUUUCACUUUAUACAUUUGCUCAUCAUAUUUAAAUUUAAAAUAGCAUUAAUCAAUUUACACAAAUUUGUUCAAUUCUAAAUUGUUAUAACAUAACAAUCAAUUCAAUCCAAUUAAUAGCUUUAGUCUAUGCACAUUUUAAUUUAAUCAUUUGAUCAAAACAAAUCAACUUACGAUCAAUCUUCCAAAGUCACUAAUUUUUU